AUGCAAUCAUCCGAUUCAUAUAGCAGCAGCAAAGGGAAAAAGAAAACUGCUGAUGGUGUAAUCCAACAAGAUCAUUAUGCUUUAUUAGGAUUAGGGCAUUUACGGUAUUUAGCCACCGAGGAACAAAUCAGAAAAAGCUACCGUGAAACCGCCUUGAAACACCACCCGGACAAACAGGCGGCACUUCUCCUAGGAGAGGAGACAGAAGCCGGAAAACAAGCGAAAAAAGACGAAAUUGAAAACCGAUUUAAAGCAAUUCAAGAAGCGUAUGAAGUGUUGAUUGAUUCCACAAGGAGGAGAAUUUAUGAUUCUACUGAUGAGUUUGAUGAUGAGAUCCCUACAGACUGCUCACCUAACGAUUUCUUCAAAGUUUUCGGGCCCGCUUUCAUGAGAAACGGGCGGUGGUCGGUGGUGCAACCGAUUCCGCCGCUAGGAGACGACACCAUGCCGCUUAAAGAAGUCGAUUCGUUUUAUGAUUUUUGGUAUGGAUUUAAAAGUUGGAGGGAGUUUCCACAUGAUGAAGAGUUUGACCUUGAACAAGCCGAGUCACGAGAUCAUAAAAGAUGGAUGGAAAGACAAAACGCAAAGUUAUCAGAAAAGGCGAGAAAGGAAGAACACGCGAGGAUUCGAUCGCUUGUGGAUAACGCGUAUAAACGGGACCCACGAAUCAUGAGGCGAAAAGAAACAUUAAAGUUGGAAAAACAAAAGAAAAAGGAAGCCAAGUUUAUAGUGAAGAAACAACAAGAAGAGGAAGCUGCAAAGGUUGCGGAAGAAAAUAGAAAGAAAAAGGAAGAGGAAGAUAAACAAGCGGCCGAGGCUGCGUCGAAUCAGAAAAAAAUAAAAGAAAAAGAAAAGAAAUUAUUACGAAAAGAACGGACGCGUCUUCGGACGAUUUCGUCCCCGGUUGUGUCCGAGAAUCUCCUUAAUCUUUCCUCGGAUGAUGUGGAAAGUAUAUGUAUGAAACUUGAUUUGUUGCAAUUAAAAAAAUUAUGCGACGAUUUUGAAGGGCAAGAUGGGAAUAAUAAAAAAGCGGAGCUUUUAAAGUCGGCACUUAGCGUCGGGAUCCAACAAUCCGAGAAAGAGAAAGAUAGUGUGGUAAAGAAAAGCCAAGAAAACGGGUCAAUAAAAGUCAACGGGAGUCUUGCCCCAAAGAAAGAGAAACCAUGGGGGAAAGAGGAGAUUGAGUUGCUGAGGAAGGGGAUUGUGAAAUACCCAAAAGGGACGUCUCGUAGAUGGGAGGUGGUGGCGGAGUAUAUUGGUACCGGGCGGUCUGUGGAGGAGAUACUGAAAGCAACAAAAACGGUUCUUUUACAGAAACCUGAUUCGGCUAAAGCAUUUGAUUCUUUUCUUGAAAAGAGAAAACCCGCGGUUUCCAUUGCGUCCCCACUUACGACGCGUGAGGAAGUCGACGGGGUUUCGGUUUCGGUUUCCGUGGGGCCCACUGAGUCACAACCGGGUCAACCCAAGCCGAGUCAAAGUGAAGAGGCGGGUUCGUCGGGUUCGGACCAGGAUGUGUGGACCCCGGUCCAGGAAACGGCUUUGGUUCAGGCUUUGAAGACUUUCCCGAAAGAAAUUAACCAGAGGUGGGAACGGGUGGCAGCUGCGGUUCCGGGGAAAACAGUUAACCAAUGUAAGAAGCAGUUUGCGUUGCUUAAGGAGAAGUUCAGGAACAAGAAAAAGUAA